GAGCAUAGAACAGUUGAAGGCACACAUCCUUUUACCCGGUGUUGUGGAAUUCAAGAGUAGAUUUAAAGUCCGAGGGGAAAGAUUUAAUAAGAGUCUGAGGGGCCGCAUUUCCACACCAGAGUGAUACUGUGUGGAACGAGCGGAAGUGGUUGACACAAGUACAUUUUGAAAGUCAUUUGGACAGGGAUCGGAAAGAUGCAGUUUUACAGGAACCUCGUGUUCGCGAUAGGCGCGACAAUCUUGCUUUUCGGGAUCAGCGAGGCAAAGAUAGCGAUCAUUCCCAGGGGUUCAACUCUCAAACUCCAGUGCGAGAACAAUGCGAGUGUAAUAAUCCGUCACCACGGAGGUGUCGAUGAAAAAACCUCCUACUCCUCACGAACAAUACAGACUGAUGCGGACACAGCACCAUACGGCUGCUACGGUUCCACAGAUUUUACCUACGUCUUCAUCAGAGCUUGUCGGAAUUGUGUGGAAGUUGAUUCAGGGACCAUGGCGGGGCUUGUGAUUGGAGAUCUUGUCGCCACACUUCUCAUCGCUGUGGCUGUUUAUUGUGUCGCCACCCCGCCCAAAGUCAAGAUUCAUCGAGCUUUUGAUCGACAGGCGCUAAUCCCGAAUGAUGCCACUGAAGCACUUUACUCAGGAAUCAAACAAGGCGACAGACAGGAAUACAGCAAACUGAAGGUUAAGAGCAAGGAAUAAGUUCAUUGCUGUUUCAUUAAAAAGACGAUUCUUCGAUCUGUUCCUUACUGCAAUUUCAAAGUUUAAUAGCAUGUUUUUAAACAAUUAGGAUCCUGAUUCCUGGCGAGAUAGUGUUUAGGAGCAGAUGUUAGCGGAUUUAAUAAAACGAGAAAAUGCUGGAAGUACUCAGAAGGUGUGGCAGCAAGUUCGGAGAGUAAAGGGCCUGUCCCACUUGGGAGUCAUUUGCGCGACAUUUACACGACAGGUCGGUAGCGACUGUCACGCGAAAAUCGUCCAGCAGGACGACAGUCAUAGAAACAUAGAAACAUAGAAAAUAGGUGCAGGAGUAGGCCAUUCGGCCCUUCGAGCCUGCACCGCCAUUCAAUAUGAUCAUGGCUAAUCAUCCAACUCAGUAUCCCACCCCUGCCUUCACUCCAUACCACCUGAUCCCUUUAGCCACAAGGGCCACAUCUAACUCCCUCUGAAAUAUAGCCAAUGACCGUCAUGCGGCAAGUGCUCUCGAGGGCCCUGCUUCUUUUGGGAGCCAUUUGUGAUGUCGUUGGUAUUUAGUCCGAUCUCCGUGGCAAGGAUUUUCCCAGUGAAAAAAUAUCAAAACUAUGCGUGCUUUAUAACCGGGUGGUCACGUGGUGCGGCGCGCAAAUGACGCGCCGACGGCAUUUGGGUGGCGCAUAGUUACGGACGUUGGCGCACGGUGAUGCAUAAUAAAUUAGCAUAGGCAAUGUUCGUGCGUCACCGUGCAUAACCAUGCGUCACCACGCACCACAUGCGCGCCGUCAGUGCGUCAACGUGCACAAGAGAUACGUCACGCAGGUGGCGCGCAAAGAUUUUGAGCACUACAAAAUCCUGGGGUGCCGCGCAUUACCGCGCUUCACUGCACACGCUACCAUGCUUCACCAUGCACCAUGCACCAUGCACCAUGCACCAUGCACCAUGCACCAUGCACCAUGCACCAUGCACCAUGCACCAUGCGCCAUGCACCAUGCGCCAUGCACCAUGCACCAUGCACCAUGCACCAUGCACCAUGCACCAUGCGCCAUGCACCAUGCACCAUGCACCAUGCACCAUGCACCAUGCACCAUGCACCAUGCACCAUGCACCAUGCACCAUGC